CGUUUCGUGAACAUAUUAAGUUAUAGAAAGGCCUGACAAACUGUUGAUGUUGUCGUAGCUGCGACCUCGCCUGGUCUUCUCCAUCCUCCAUGCUGCCGGACUGCUACGAGGUCUUCGACACGGAGCAUGCACUGUUAGUGUGCGCACGAAGCCUGACCUUCGGCACCUUUUGCCUUGCCACUCUGGUCGCGACGGUUUACGCCUUCCAGCGUAUCCUUCCCAUUUUUCUGAGCUCGCAGUGGUAUCUCACCAACCUCAGUAUGCUAGCGCUGGCGGGGGUCCAGAUGGCGUUGCUCGUCUACGAGUGCUUUAUCACCAACAGUCCCAAGAUCCUCGUGCUAGCCAAGUACUUCCGAUGCUUGCAAAUCGCCAUUUCCUGCGUGCUAUACGGGAAAUCUGCUGGCGAGCUUGUUAACAGGACGAAGCUGUUUUACAGCAUGCUGAUCCCGAUUGUGGGACUCGCCACGAUUGCCAUGACGGCAGAUGCGCUGCUCGUUAUUGGAACCUAUGAAGAGAUCGACUGUCACCACAUCACGUGGAUUGCCAUGUCCGCAACAGGAGUCGUCCUCACUGCUGGCUUCGCUAUUCCAGGUCGCGUGGUUCUCGAGGAGAUCAACUCCACAGCUCGAAAUCAGCGCAAGAAGUUUCAGGUUUCGUCCGAGCUAACUGAACUGGAGCAGUCGCACCAUCAGCUAUGGAUUCUCCUGAUCUGUAACCUCGUGAGCACAAGCUUGCAGCUCGCGGUAGACACGUAUCUCUCCUUUAGCGUUGGUGGCAAGAAGAGAGAGUGUGACAGCAUGUUCUUUGACGAAAACGGUGGACUAUUCGAGCAGUCGAUGCGCUUGGCGAUCUCCGUUGGGGCUUACCUCGUACCAAAUUGGGGCGUGCUACAUGUGUUCUAUGUGCUGCCGCGCUUUCAGUUUUCCACGGCUCUUGAUGUGCCCGGGCUCCUCUUGGACGACGAGGCCGACGAGGCAGCUUAUGAACUCCUUUCCAGCGAUGAGUGUGUAGUGCCCAGCAGCAGGAGUAGUAGUAGUGGUCGAGGUAGACGAUUCUACUGACAUUUUGACAGUAAAAUAGAUGGAUGCAACUUGCGCCUCAUUCUGACUAUUGCUAUGUGCCACAUAACAAUGCCAGCGUGUCGUGUGAUCCGAGCCUGCUUCUCCCUGAUAAUAAGUAUUUCCG